CCGCCCCCGUUCCUACGCCCCGCCCCCGGUGGCGCGGAGUGCAGAGCCAAGAUGGCGGCGGAGUUGGAGUACGAGUCUGUUCUGUGUGUGAAGCCCGACGUUAGCGUCUACCGGAUCCCUCCCCGGGCCUCCAACCGCGGUUACAGGGCAUCUGACUGGAAAUUAGACCAGCCUGAUUGGACUGGUCGCCUCCGAAUCACUUCAAAAGGGAAGAUUGCUUAUAUCAAGCUUGAGGAUAAAGUUUCAGGGGAGCUCUUUGCUCAGGCACCAGUAGAACAAUAUCCUGGUAUUGCUGUGGAGACAGUGACAGAUUCCAGCCGCUACUUUGUAAUCCGGAUCCAGGAUGGUACUGGGCGUAGUGCUUUCAUUGGCAUUGGCUUCACAGAUCGGGGUGAUGCCUUUGACUUUAAUGUCUCCUUGCAAGAUCAUUUCAAGUGGGUAAAGCAGGAAUCUGAGAUUUCCAGAGAAUCUCAGGAAAUGGACACUCGUCCCAAGUUGGAUCUGGGCUUCAAGGAAGGACAGACCAUCAAGCUGAGUAUUGGGAACAUUACAACUAAGAAAGGUGGUGCUUCCAAGCCCAAGGCUGCAGGAACUGGGGGCCUGAGCUUGCUCCCGCCCCCACCUGGAGGCAAAGUCACUAUCCCCCCACCAUCCUCCUCAGUUGCCAUCAGCAAUCAUGUCACUCCACCACCCAUUCCAAAAUCUAACCAUGGAGGUAGUGAUGCAGAUAUCCUUUUAGAUUUGGAUGCUCCUGCUCCUGUCCCGGCACCAGCACCAGCUCCAGUGUCUGCAAGCAAUGACUUGUGGGGAGACUUCAGCACUGCUUCCAGCUCUGUUCCAAACCAGGCACCACAGCCAUCCAACUGGGUCCAGUUCUGAAUAGCAUUAAGGACAGACUUGAAGAAAAAAAAAAAUGACCUUGAGGGCACCAAUCUGUGAGGGAAGUUAGGAACCCCUUCUCUUCCCAGAACCAAAAUUACUGGACAAUCUUUUUCAUAGCUCCUCCAUUGCAUUCAAGCUGGAUCACGUCACCCCCCUAUGUUGUUACUUGCGUACAGCCGAGGAAGAAUCUCUCAUCUCCUGUUCACUGUUAAGGCAGGGGAGUGGUGGGUCUUCUCAUACUUGUGGCUGGCUAUGCAGGGCCCCAAAGGCCAGAUCUCUUUGAGGGAGAAGUGAAUUCUAACAUCUGUAAAAUUGUUCUUUUCAAUUCUUCAACUUAUUUCAGAAUCAUCUCAUGACCCUGUGUGCCUCUUUGUGAAGCCCUAUUGAGCAAUUUCAGGGGAGACAAAAACCUUGAAAUUUCCUUUCCCACUAGCCUACGACCCUCCAAAUGGACUGACCAACCUCAGUGUUUACAGAUUCAGAGUUUUGACAGGGAUAGGUGUGAAGAAAGACCUGUUUCCUGGGUCUCUGAGAUAGACCCUCCUGCAGGCUUAUCCUGUCCAGUGAACAUCCAGGGCGGGGGGCAGCUCCAUCGCCCUCGUGUGUUUACAUUGUUUCCUCCUGUGCUCAGAGGGUUUGUUGGUGGCACCUCCACUGUUCUUUUAUUUGUUGAAUAGUGCAACAUCUUUGAUCAGUGGGUGUCUCUUGGAUGAAGGAGGUUCGAGGGGCUGUGUUUUCCAAGUCCUAUUGUAGAGAAGCGUUGACUUUCUUGCAGCUCCAUCUGGUGGCUGCAUUUGAAGCGCGGCAUUACUUUGUAUUUGCCCCAUUAUUUGACCUGGAGUUGAAGGGUUUAGAGUUUUUAACCUGAUCUGUAGAGCAGACGGGUUGAAAAGCACGUAACUCUUUUUCAGUACCCACAUUGCCUUGCUGCCUGGGUAUCUGGCCCCUUGCGUGAACAUUUAGUUUUCAGUGCAUCUAGCCCUUUCAUAGAAAGCUGCUAUUACAUACAUUGUCACUUAUGAAGGAAGCUGGAGAGUCCACGGCACUAGCCGUCCUAGGUUCUGCCCGAGUGACCGCUUCGCUAAACCAUCACAGAGGGUAUCUCGAAAGCAAGUUGCUUUCCCACCACUUUCCCUUCCCUCUACCCCACCAUUCCUUUUACAGUGCUGUGAAAACAGUUCCCUUUCUCAAAUGAAUGGGCACUAUCAAUUGUGUUUGUUAAUGGGCAAUUUUGAGGGUGAAAUGGGAAGAUCUCGUUUCUUCCCUCAGCACUUCUUUGGAUGUGUACACUUUGGGAGGCUUGUGUUUAGUUUCAAAAUAUAGUCUCUCUCCUGGAUUUCCUUCUUGACUCUUUUUAACUUUGGGUCCAUUUUUUUCUCAUUGCCUCCUGUUCCAGGCAGCUCUAUUCUUACAGAGCCAUGGCAGGGCUUUUUAAAAUUCCAAUAGAAAACACUAAGUGGAAAGUCUAUAGAAUCACUAGUGACUGACUACUGGGAAACUAUUUUCUCAAUCUUCCUCCAUGUUGUGUUCUUUGUAUUCUCAAGAUGAUAAUAUAUUAUGUAUUUGAAUUGCUGAAAAACUGAAAAUGAAAUUUAAGAUAUAUGUAUAUAAAGCGUAUGCUGUAUUGGUGCAAUAAUGGUAAUUAAAAAUAUGGAAAAAGGUA